GCUCAGGUCGAGGAGGGCGCGGGGAGUUCUUCGUCGCCAGGCCCCUCAGCGGCGAUGGCGACGGCCGAGGCAGGCCAAACCGAGGGGCCCUUGCUGCUGGCCAAGAGGCCGCGGCGGCCCGCGGCGCGCCGCUCGCUGGUGCACUACCUGAAGGGCCGCGCGCUGGGCGCCGAGGGCCACCCGGGGCUGGCGGGCUUCGAGGGCGACCUGCGCGGCUACGGGGUCGUCAGGCUGCCCGAGCUGCUGAGGGAGCGCCAGCUGACGCUUGGGCCCCUCAACAAGGUGUUCGCGUCGCAGUGGCUCAAUGCCAGGCAGGUGGUGUGUGGCACCAAGUGCAACACGCUCUUCGUGGUUGAUGUCCAGACCGGCCGGAUUACCCGCAUUCCCCUGAUGCGGGACAGAGGGCCUGGGCAAACCCGUGCCCAACCCACCUGUGGCAUCCACGCUAUCCAGCUGAAUCCCUCCAAGACCCUCCUGGCCACAGGGGGUGAAAACCCCAACAGUCUAGCAGUAUACCAGCUGCCCACUCUAGACCCUGUGUGCUUAGGGGACCGCAAUGGCCACAGGGACUGGAUCUUCGCCAUUGCAUGGAUGAGUGACACGGUGGCUGUGAGUGGAUCCCGCGACGGCACAGUGGCACUCUGGCGGGUGGAUCCCGACAUGUUCAGUGGCAACAUUCCCUGGCACAAUAAUUCAGGGAUUCCACGGUAUUCACACAUUCGUCCAAGGGACAUGGAGGCCAUUCCCAGGGCCACCACUAACCCGGGUAACCGCAAAGUACGAGCCCUUGCUUUCAGUGGCAAAAACCAGGAGCUGGGAGCCGUGUCUCUGGACGGCUACUUCCACCUAUGGAAAGCCCGGAGCUCCCUGUCCAGGCUGCUGUCCCUAAGGCUGCCCUACUGCCGGGAGAACGUGUGUCUCACCUACUGUGAUGAGUUGGCCCUCUAUGCUGUGGGUUCCCAGUCUCAUGUUUCAUUCCUGGAUCCACGACAACGCCAGCAGAACAUCAGGCCUUUGUGUUCCCGAGAGGGAGGCACUGGUGUGCGUUCCCUGAGCUUCUACCAGCACAUCAUUACCGUGGGCACUGGACAUGGUUCUCUGCUCUUCUAUGACAUCCGUGCCCAGAAGUUCCUGGAGGAGAGGGCCUCAGCCAGUCCAGACUCUUUUCUUGUGCGCACAGGGAGGAAGCUCAAACUAACCUGUGGCAGAGGCUGGCUCAACCAAGACGAACUCUGGGUGAAUUACUUUGGUGGCACUGAGGAAUUCCCCAACGCACUCUACACUCACUGCUACAACUGGCCGGAGAUGAAGCUCUUUGUGGGUGGAGGUCCACUCCCUUCAGGCCUCCAUGGCAACUAUGCAGGCCUCUGGAGCUAAAGCCUCUAUGCCCUUGUGAGGCUAUCUAUCUUUCAGUUCAGGCUAAGGUUCUUCACUUUUGUGCUUGUGUGUGAUGUGCGCAUGCACACUUUUAAUAUUAUGUGUGAUUUAUCUUCAAGGUGGACUUGGCCCAACUUUUUUGUGCUCAGCCACAGAGAAAGGGAAAACAGAAAGAAGGAGAGAGGAGGAGAAGGAGGAGAAGGAGGAGGAAGAGAGAGAGAGAGAGAGAGAGAGAGAGAGAGAGAGAGAGAGAGAGAGAGAGAGAGAGAGGAGUCUUAUGUCCUUUUGGCAAUCAAAACUUGGUGUGACUUUGGCACUUUUUCUCAGAGCACUACAUUUUUGCUGUAUCAUACAAAAAUGUCGAGUAAGUCUUAAUCUUAUCCUUCCUGAGUGAUUUAUGUAUUUUCUUUCCUUAGGCUAAUGCAGUCAUUGUGUUCACUUCAAUUCAGCAGUUUGAUUUUACCAGCAUUUCAAUAAUAUGUUCAAGUCGUUUAAACAUUGUGUGUAUAUGGCAUUUUGAGAAAACAUGUUUAAAAAAUGUCUCUUGGGCUGAUCUAAGAAAAUAUCCAUCAUUUAAAACUCCAAUCAAAUUAUAAAAUGUAUUUCAAGAUUUAGAUUAUUACCAUUUGGAGUGUCUUCCAUUUGAAUGUAGGAAAACUCAGUACUGGUUGAUUGUACAUUAUGGAUAUAUAAAAUUCUUUAACAUGUAUAUAAUUCUUACAGAAUUAUAUAAUAUUGUUCAAGCUAUUAAUCAUUUUUUUUACUUCAGAAAAACCUGAUCACUACCAUGCUUAGUACUAAAACCUUCUAUUUUAAAAGUACUGUAUUAUGACCUACUUUCCUUAGUACCAUUUAUGUUAAAGAUUUACAUGGCUAAUCAAAUCUGACCUAAAUUUUCAGGAUAAUUAGGAAGGUAUUUGGGGGAUUAACAUUUCCUUAACUUUCAAGAAACAGUCCAGGUAGCCAUUUGCAAUGAAAGGCCAGUAGUUAUGGUCAGAGUGGGUGUAGUUGAAUUUUGUAUUGAAUACAUAGAUAAUCAUUUUAUGUAGCUAACUAUUGAAUAUGUCAUGUAUCAUAGAAAAAUAAAAUACAAAUGUGUUCAACAUCAUAAGUAAUUAAACUAAGUUUUAAAAUGAUUAAA